AUGGAAAUCAAAGAAUUUGAAUCUCUGAAAACACUGAUUCAACUGAUUUCUUACUGUUUCGCUCUCACUUCAAAUACUCUUCUCAUCUUUUUAAUUGUCACAAAAUCACCAAAAAAAAUGGGAACUUAUCGAAGUCUCAUGUGCUACUUCUGCAUCAUUUCCUUGAUUUUCACAACUUUGGAUGUCAUUGUGAAGCCUAACAUCUACAGCCGAGAAAGUGCAUUUUUCAUGAUGAUGGACCUCAGAAAUCGAAUGUUGCCGAGAUAUAUUGAAGAAUGCUUGAUGAGUGUUCUUUGUGGAUGCUGUGGAAUGGCUAUUUAUGGAAUUGCAAUCCAUUUCGUCUAUCGGUAUUUUGCAUUGGAGAGACAAGGCCGUCUUCGUUUUUUCAAAGGAGCUUAUCAAAUCUUCUGGUUUUUUAUUCCAAUAUUCGGCUGCCUUAACUGGACAUUCAUAGCUGGCUACUUUUUUGCUAUGAAUCCAAUUUCUACAGGAUACAUCGCGCCAAUGAUUGAGGAAAUGUACAAUAUCUCAAUAAAUGAUGCAGCGUACUCUGCAGCAGUCUUCUGGCCACCCAACGAGCAGGGAGUCGUGGAAUUUCAUUGGAGAUCAGGACUUGGGUUGAUCAAUUUGGUGACUUCUAUGUCAUUGUCAUUGUCAGUGGUGAUAUAUACUGGAGUGAAGAGUUUGAAGAAAAUCAAACAAUUAUUGGGAAGAUUGGAAUCAAAGUUUUCGAAAAACUUGCAAAUGCAAUUGUACAAAGCGUUGGUGGCACAGACCCUGAUCCCAGUGCUUUUCAUUUUCAUCCCAUUUGGUAUCCUCUUCACUUGUCCUUUAUUUCUAAUCGAUUGUGAAUUUCUAUCAGCACCAAUUACAGUAAUCUAUGCAGUAUACCCUGCUCUGGAUCCUCUGCCAUGUUUAUUUUUUGUCGACAAUUACAGAAAUUUUAUUGCAGGGUUAUUUUCAAAAAAUAAGAAGAAAAUCGCAAAAGUUUCUGUGGUGACAGAUGAUUGUAUCUCGAAGAACAUUUAUUCGCAGCGAUAA